UGUAAUAGACGACGGCGCCGGAGGAGGCGGCUGCGGCGGCGGCGAUUUCCUCUCUCUCUUCUCUCUCUCUCUCUCUUCAGAUCCUCGACGGAGCCAUUUUUAAGGAUUGUAAUGUGUUAGCAUAGCUCCUGGAAUGGAAAAAUGAAUGCCGGAAGUUUGUUGGCUUCAGCGGCCGUUAACAUCGGCUUAGCCUUCAUAGUUCUCUCCAUCUUCUCCAUUCUCAAGAAGCAGCCAUCAAAUGCCGCCAUAUAUUACGCUCGCCGUCUUUCGCUCGGCCAAACUAUUUCAUUUGAACCUUUCACUUUCCGUCGAUUUCUCCCUUCCGUCACUUGGAUUCCUCGGGCUUUUCGUGUAUCGGAAGAUGACAUUCUCUCUUCUGGUGGCCUUGAUGCCCUAGUUACCAUCAGGCUCUUCAAAUUAAGCAUAAAUUUCUCUGUCGUAUGCUCUGUUCUUGGGUUGGUGGUACUUCUCCCUGUAAAUUACCUGGGCCAGGAGAAACCAUCCAGGAGAUACCAUUCUCUGGAUUCUUUCACAAUAUCCAAUGUCCGUGAAGGAUCUGAUUGGCUUUGGGUACAUUUUUCAUGCUCAUGCUUCAUAUCAUUUUAUGGAAUAUACCUAUUGCAUAAGGAGUAUAAGGGGAUAUUGGUUAAGAGAAUUCAACAGCUUAAGAGCAUGAGACAACGACCUGAUCAGUUUACUGUUCUAGUUCGGGAUGUUCCGUUAUGCCUUGAACACAAGGCUCAUGGGUGUAAUGUUGAACAUUUUUUCUCGAAGUAUCAUCCACAUACUUAUCAUUCUUAUAAAAUAUUAUCCGAUGUCAAGGAGCUUGACCAUUUGAUGAAGCAGGCAAAGUCUAUCAUGGGAAAGAUUGAGGAAGGAAGAAAAAAGUUCAGUUCUCAGAAUGAUAAGAGAGAACCCUUGCUCUCAUAUACAUCUCAACAAAAUGCUUUAAAAAUAGCUCUCCUUGAGAAAAAGCUUCGGGGGUAUCAUGAUAUAAUUCAGAAUUUGCAGGUUCAAAGUGCAUCUAAGAGCAAGGAGCUUCCCGUAGCCUUUAUUACAUUCAAGUCCCGUUUGGGUGCUGCAUUGGCUUCACAGUCACAACAUUCCUUAAAUCCUCUUCUGUGGAUCACUGAGUUGGCUCCAGAGCCAAGGGAUGUGUCGUGGAAGAAUUUGGCAAUCCCUGUUAGACUAUUGCCCCUUCAUGAAUUUGGAGUUAUUGUUGGGGCAUCUCUUCUUACAAUUUUCUUUGCAAUCCCAGUUACUGCUGUUCAAGGAAUAGCCAAAUUCGAGAAAUUAAAGAAGUGGUUUCCACCAGCCAUGGCAAUAAACAUGAUACCAGGGUUAAGCUCCAUUGUGACAGGUUAUCUUCCCAGUGCAAUCCUAAAUGGAUUUAUUUAUGUGGUCCCUUUUGCAAUGCUUGGGAUGGCCAAGCUAGCAGGCUGUGUUUCAAGGAGUAAAGCGGAGAUAAAAGCUUGUAACAUGAUUUUUUAUUUUCUGGUGGGAAAUGUAUUCUUUUUGAGUUUGAUAUCAGGAUCUUUACUUGAUGAAAUUGAAGAAUAUCUUACACAUCCUAAAAACUUCCCCAGUCAUCUUGCAGGGGCUGUAUCUGCUCAAGCUGAUUUCUUUGCGACUUAUAUAUUGACGAGUGGCUUAUCUGGAUUUUCUUUAGAGAUUCUUCAACCUGGUUUACUAUCUUGGGAUCUUCUGAAGUCAUGUAUAUGUUGCAAUGGAAAGGAGAAAGAAGCAUAUUUAUACUCUCUUCCACACUCUAGAACUAUCCCUUUUAUCUCUCUCUUCCUACUGAUUGGCAUGGUAUAUGCAGUUGUUGCACCGUUGCUGCUUCCACUUCUCAUUGGCUACUUCUGCUUGGGCUAUGUUGUAUAUGUCAAUCAGAUUAAAGACGUUUAUGCAACUACUUACGACACAUUUGGGCUAUACUGGCCUCAAAUUCAUCGUCAUAUAAUAAUAGCGAUCAUUCUAAUGCAAGUUACUAUGAUUGGUCUCUUCGGAGUGAAGUCCAAGCCAGCAGCUUCCAUUUCCACAAUUCCACUACCUCUGAUAACUUUAUACUUUAAUGAGCACUGUAAGAGUCGAUUUCUUCCUACAUUCCACUGCUACCCAAUACAGGAGGCUAUGGAAAAUGAUGAACUUGAUGAAAAGAGUGGUGAUUUGGAAGUUAACUAUGGAAAAGCAGCCGAUGCUUAUUGCCUGCCCUGCCUGCAGCCUCCGGACUUCUUACUGGCAUCAGUGGCAACCUCCACACAGCCAUUGGUAAUUUCCACUUGAUUUCAAGAUUUUCCAAUUUUGAUAGACUUCUUUGUAGAAUGUAGUUUAGAAUAAGUUUUGUGGAAAAACUGAUCUGAAUUUGGCUCUGACCACCGUUUAGUAGUACUUUUUUUUGGCUACUUUUUGUUGUAUAAACUUCAGGCUGAGU